AUGGUUGCUCUCCUCGCUUCUGCGCCUGCCGCUAACGCCGCUAACGGAGUUAACUACAUCAAGAGCGGCCUCGACUGGGAGGGCGUGUGCGCGUCGGGCGAGAGGCAGUCGCCCAUCAAGAUAGUAUUGGACGAGGCACGGACAGUGAGCGACACGGAGAGGUUCCAUCUGGACUAUGACACGUCAGCCACCACAGCUACAGUUGUCAACAAGGGAUACACCGUCCAGGUGGUUCCAAGCCCAUCCAACACCUACAGGCUGCACAUAUCCAGCGGCACCUAUCAGCUGAAACAGGUGCAUGUGCACUCGUUCUCAGAGCACGCAAUCAACGGGCUCUUUGCUCCCAUGGAGGCCCACUUCGUGCAUGCACACAUCGACAACACCUCCCAGCUUGCUGUCAUCGGUGUCAUGCUGAGACUCCAUCGGGACGACCAGGCGAGCCCGUGGGUGGAUGCAUGGCUGCCUAAGACCCCCUAUGGGCUGGACGCAACGGCGGGGAUUGAUGUUGCCGGGAGUUUUUGGAGGGAGAUGAUGGAUUUGUCCAUGGGGCUUUGGAGGUAUCCCGGCUCGCUUACCACUCUGGGCUGCGAUGAGAUAGUUGAGUGGCGCGUGCUGGGCAAGGCCAAGUUCCUCUCUGUGGACCAGGUGGGUGACCUGACCUGUGACUUGAUGUUUUUGCGACCUGUUGCCUGGCCAAUACCCAUGCCUUCUCCCCCUGUUGGACCUUAA